ACGCCCGGCAAGAAACGUCAAAAUGUGUUGUUUUUCUACACCAACCAAAACAAAAUCACAUAACAGUUGCAAAUAAAAGUGAAUUUUUGUGUAAAAAUCGCAGAAAUAAGUGAAAACAAGAUAAUUAUUCCAUUCUCUGUCCCAAAAACUGCCAAUGUAUCAUUUUUGCUCAGUGAUCAAGAGGUUAGCCACCAAUGAAAUCGUACAAUCGAAAGCGCUUCUCUGGCGAAGGGGCGCCGCUUUACAGGGAGCCUGUAUCGAGCAGCAACGGUUCUUCCAUGCGAGUGCCUGCAAUCAAAAACGACGGAAAACUGCCGAAGAAAGGAAAGCGCCCCGCGUGAUAGAGUUUGCUGCGAAGAAGAAAAACAAAAUUCAAACCAGCGGAGUGGUGGACGUUUGGCGCAAUAUGACCGUUGCGGAGUUGGCCAAAUCCUGCGAGUUGGAUCUUGAGCACAUCCAAGAGGUUAUGCUGUACGUGAAAGGAGCGGGAAACAUCGAUCCGGAGGCUCGCCUGGAAGAUCAGAAAAUCAUCAAGGAAAUCGUGACCAAAUGUGGGCUGAAGAUGAAAAUUGUGGCCGCUCCGACGAUCGCCAGCAAGGAGGAGGUCAAGGAUCGCGAUGUUUUACCGAGGCCGCCCCCACCGCCGGAGAAUUUGCAGGAACGGCCACCGGUGGUAACAGUGAUGGGGCAUGUGGACCAUGGAAAGACGACCCUUUUGGACUCACUGCGAGGGGCUUCGGUGGCGGCCAGUGAAGCCGGUGGUAUCACACAACAUAUCGGAGCUUUCACGGUAGAGCUGGACAAUGGCGAGCGAGUGACGUUUUUGGAUACGCCUGGACACGCUGCUUUCAGUGCGAUGAGGGCCCGGGGUGCCAAUCUGACCGAUAUCAUUGUGCUUGUCGUGGCGGCCGACGAUGGAGUCAUGGAACAAACCAAAGAGGUUUUGUAUCUGGCGAAAGAGGCUAAUGUUCCUAUCAUUGUGGCUAUUAAUAAGAUCGACAAACCUGGGUCAAAUCCGGAUCGAGUCAAAAAGGAAUUGGCGCAGAACGGAAUUGCCCUUGAAGGAUUCGGAGGAGAUACAAUUGCCGUUGGCGUCUCCGCCUUGCAAGGCACCAACCUGGAGGAACUAACCGAAGCGGUCAGCACACAAGCCACUCUGAUGGGUUUGAAGGGAGAAUAUGUUGGCCCGAUGGAAGGAGUUGUAGUUGAAUCGAAAGUGGAUUCCCGUCGAGGAAAGCUAUCUACCGCAAUCGUCACUCGAGGGACCCUCCGAAAGGGAAGUGUUUUGGUUAGCGGGCUGGCUUGGGCCCGGGUCCGAGGAUUAUUCGAUCACGCUGGACAGCCAGUAUCCGAAGUCACACCCGGGAUGCCCGUUGAAAUUCUUGGUUGGCGCGAACUGCCAUCUGCAGGGGAGGUGAUCUUGGAGGUAGAAUCCGAGAAAGUUGCCCAUUCGGUAAUGCGAUGGCGGGAGGCUCAAGCCAAGCUGGAAAAGGCCGAAAGCGACAAGGAUGCUAUCAUGUUGAAGCAAAUGGAACACGAUGAAAAGUACAAAGCAGAAAGGGAACAACAGCGGUUAGCUGGAUUCUAUCGGAGGCGAAACAAAGGACCGCGUCCGAAGGAAUCUGCUCCGGACGAUCCGACCCCCCGGGUGAACGUGGUCAUCAAAGGUGACGUGCAUGGAUCGGUGGAGGCCAUUCUGGACGUCCUGGAGACGUACGACGGAAACGAAAACUGCCGGUUAGACGUUGUCCACUAUGGUGUGGGCGAUGUCAGUCAAGGAGAUAUAGAGCUCGCCCGGCUUUUCAAAGCCGUAGUCUAUGCAUUUUCUGUAAACGUUCCAGAAAAGGUUAAGGAUGUGGAGAUUCGACCGGUGAACAUUAUCUACCGACUAGUAGAUGAUCUGAAAAAAGAAAUCAACUCCAAACUACCUCUGGUGGAUGAGGAAGAAACGGUGGGGGAGGCAAACAUUCUACAACUGUUCGACAUCAACGAAGGACGAAAGAAGGUGACCGUUUUGGGCUGUCGGUGUACGAAGGGUAUGCUCAAGAAAACAUCCAAAUUCAAGUUGGUCCGGAAUGGGGAAAUCGUGGCCCAUGAGCUGCAACUGGAUUCGAUGAGACACCUCAAGAACGAGGUGGACACAGUUAAAAAAGACGUGGAAUGCGGACUGCGGUUGGUGGAUCAGGACAUCGAGGUGAAGGCAGGCGAUACGGUGGUGUGUUACAAGAUCAACAAGGUGCCUCAGGAAACGGACUGGGAUCCGGGCUUCUAGAAAAAGUGUGUUAAGGAAAGUAUAUUAAUAAAGUGACACUGAUCGCAGUUGCUUAUUGGUUUAUAA